AAAUUCACUGUGACAAAAAGAAGAAAACUUGGUCUUCGCCACAAGAACUGUUCUCCGACAUUACGCAAGGGAACUUACUGGAAAUAAUAUAUAAGACUACAGCAACUGGAAUUUUARAGAUUUGAACGACGGACUACGUCCCAUUAUUGCAAACUUGAACUCAUUAUGACAUCAGUGACAGACAACGCCACAGACGGCAUCGAUCCACUGGGACGCUCCAAGUCAACUAUCGCUAUAGAACUCGUGUUCUGCUCAAUUAUAAUGACCGCUUCUUUGUGCGGCAACAUCCUGGUCGUCAUCUCCAUCAACCGAGAUACAAGACUUAAAACAGUCACCAACAUCUUCAUUCAAAAUCUGGCUUGGACGGACAUUUGCAUGGCGGUAUUUCACAUGCCUUUCUGGUUCAUCAGUAUUUACKAUGGARAAUGGAUYUUCAGUCAACAAGUCUGUGAUUAYCAAGCGGCUACGAUGUUCGCCUUUGGGUCAGCGUCGAUUACAACAAUGGCCGUUAUAUCAAUUAAUCGAUAUUUUAAGAUUGUCAGGCCUCAGAAGUAUAACGAUUUAUUUGGUUCAAGGAAAAGGGUGUUAGUUUACUGCGCGUUGACAUGGRUUGUUGGGGURUUCUUUGCUAUGCCGCCGGUAUACGGCUGGGGAGUUUAUAAGUACCACCGCCAGUUUAUUGCGUGUUCGCUAAUAUGGGAACACCACAUCUCGUUCGUUGUCAUCUUUCUUGGUUGCUUCGUCAACGGCAUUACUACAACUAUCUUCAUAUGUUACUACAAAAUCUACAAAGUUGUCAAACAAAGCUCAAGGAAYGUGGCGUCGCAYGGCAACGCAAAUGCUACRUCAAUCACCGACAUUAAAAUCCUUAAGUCGACUUUCGCGGUUGUUUGUGGSUAUGUCUGCUGCUGGAUGCCUGUAAGUAUCGUCUGUUUGACCGAAACAGUCGGUGGGUACCCCCCACGGGGAGUGUAUGCGGUGUCUAUAUACCUUAUGUACUCCAGUAGUUGUAUCAAUCCGAUUAUAUACGGGAUUUUGAACCCGCAAUUCAGAAAGGCGUUUAUUGGUGUGUUCAGGUGUCAAGACCCCAACACUGUACAUAGUGUUAGUGACGAUCCAGUACAAGCAACUUUAAGCCGUAGUGGACAGCCGUCUGUGAUUUCUGUAGUCCAAUCCGCAAAGAAAUCCACCAAUGAUAAGCAGACAUCACAUGAUAAUCUUGGUCUUGACAUCUCUCAAGUACAGCCACUGUGAAGCUCUGAGCUGUAAGUCCUGACGGGAAAACUGCUUCCGCUAUAUGCGGCGCGGAAAGACCGAUGAUACUCGUUCGCAUACAUAGCGUGCGAUACUAUGUCCCUAAAUCCCAAAGGACAAAAGCAGUUGUUGUACUAUCAUAUGUACUAAAGUGAGUCUGCUACGACACUCGUAGGACACAAUGCGUGGAAUUAACUGUAAGUGGUCUAGGGGCAGGUUAGUUUCUCCCUCCCUGGCCUGGCUUGCUGGGUGAGCAUUGUAAACUAGCGAGGUUGUAGCAAGGUUGCUGCCGAUAUCUUCAGUGAGCCGUUUUGUAAGUGCGUGCGUUGCUUCAGCUCUAUAAUUGUAUAGAGUUAUCGCGCCAGAACUUUUUGAUCUGUGUUCGAAUCCCAUUUGAAUCAUUUGUUUUUUUCUUU